GAGAUACGUGUAUUAUAGACCACUCGGCAGACCAAUCAUGUGUGGCCUCUAUAAAUCGAUACCACCCAAGCCCUGAUUUGAUGACCCGACCACCAAGUGGGGCUAAGGUGCUAACUGGGAUAUAAUAUAUAAGGAUUAAUAUGCGCACGUGUUCCUGCUGAAGAAGUGCUGCAUGUUGCCGACGCCACCAGCAACAUGUUGCUGGCGUGAUUUCAGCCAUUUUAUUGUAUUCAUUUGCAAUCGCACUUUCUAUUUUUAACAAUUAUCUUUAACGAAUUACGUAUUUGCAAGAAAAUUAUAAAAACGAUGUGACUAAAAAAAGAGAUCGAACUUCAGGAUACCCUCUUCUCAAUUUUGAAUGUUUGGGAAUUUCAGCGUGACUUACGGCUUGGCCUUCUAAGCCAUUUCCUUUGUUGUAUUACAGCUAAAGAUCCGUGUGACUGGAACUAUUAAUCAUUAAUGGCGAUAUACGCUCUUGAGUUUUUAAACUAGUGGGUACUAAAAUAAUUGGAAAUCGAUAAGGAAAUCAAACGUUUUGCUGGGGGGUUUGCGCUUGCUUAGAUUGUAAAUUUGAGACCGCCGAUUUUAAUCUAAACAAUAAGCUGAUUAGGCUAGGUGUAUCUAUCUCUCAUAUAUACUUAACUGAUUUCUUGGGGGUCUUCGUACGCGCUUGCCAAUAAAUCUGAUGGUUUGUGACUACCAAUGGAUAGAUAGCGUUCAAGGGGCUAUAAAAGCUGGAAUCCCGAACCACACGGAUCAUAGUACUGCGAUGACAAGAGGAGCGCUAAAAGCGGCCAUUUUACUGGUCGGAUUGGGUCUGGUUUUGGCCGGGUCUCGGCCUAUUUCCGAUUGCGGUGAUCGCAUUGAGGACGAUGGAUACCCUAUGGAGCGCCACGAGGUGGUCACCAGUGACAACUACAUUCUGACCAUGCACCGCAUCCCAUACUCCCCCAAAACGGGUGAUUCUCUCAAUCGCCCGGUGGCCUUCCUCAUGCACGGUAUGCUGAGCUCCUCCUCCGACUGGGUACUCAUGGGUCCAGAGCGAUCCCUGGCCUACAUGCUGGCCGAUGCCGGCUACGAUGUGUGGAUGGGUAAUGCCCGAGGCAACACCUACUCCAAGGCGCACAAGUACUGGCCCACUUACUGGCAGAUCUUCUGGAACUUCAGCUGGAACGAGAUCGGCAUGUACGACGUUCCGGCGAUGAUUGAUUACGUUUUGGCAAAGACUGGACAGCAGCAGGUGCAAUAUGUGGGCCACUCCCAGGGCACCACUGUUUAUCUGGUGAUGGUGUCGGAGAGACCCGAAUACAAUAACAAGAUCAAGUCCGCCCAUCUUCUGGGACCUGCCGCCUACAUGGGCAACAUGAAGAGCCCUUUGACCCGCGCCUUUGCCCCCAUUUUGGGGCAGCCCAAUGCCAUCGUGGAGGUCUGCGGAUCCAUGGAGUUCAUGCCCAGCAACAAGUUUAAGCAGGAUUUGGGAAUCGAGAUGUGCCAGGCCACUUCUUCCUAUGCCGACAUGUGUGCCAACGAGAUCUUCCUGAUUGGAGGCUACGAUACCGAGCAGCUGGACUAUAACCUACUUGAGCACAUCAAGGCUACUUCUCCGGCUGGCGCAUCCGUGAACCAAAACCUGCACUUCUGUCAGGAAUACAACUCCGGAAAGUUCCGUAAAUUCGACUACACUGCCCUCCGCAAUCCCUAUGAGUAUGGCAGCUAUUUCCCCCCGGAUUACAAGCUAAAGAAUGCCAAAGCCCCGGUUCUAUUGUAUUACGGAGCAAAUGACUGGAUGUGCGAUGUGAACGAUGUCCGCAAGUUGAGAGACGAACUGCCCAACAUGGCACUGGACUACUUGGUACCGUUCGAGAAGUGGGCCCAUCUGGAUUUCAUUUGGGGCACUGAAGCCAGAAAAUACGUGUACGACGAGGUCUUGAAGCAGAUGCGAUCAUACGAAUAGUUUUAUUUUCUACGCAAUAA